GGAAAGCAGUGAAAGAUACUGGAAUUACCACAGUCAAUGGAAUAAUUAUCUCCCUUCAGUACUUUAAAAUUCUCAGUAAAAUAUAACAAGUAGUUAAAAGCUGUGUAAAAGGAAACUUUGUGUAUGUCUCUUACACUUCAGAAGAGGGUUGUGUGGCCUUAGCCCUUCCUGGGCAAACAUUGGGCAAACAAAACAACAAAAUACACAGCAAUGAUUAAAAGGAAAUGCCCAUGUCUUAAAGCUGUCUGAAGGCAAACUCCAGUGUGGCUCAGAUGCAGCACCUGCGAGAUCAGUUGUUGUAUUUUCCUUUUGAAUGUUUGACACUGCCCAGUGUCAGGCUGAAAGUCAACUCUAAGCACUUUCAAAAUGUGGAGAAAACUAAACUUUAACUUUGACUCCAUGGUGAUUGUUAACACAUUUUUCUACUUCUUUUUAUUAAUUUUUUAUAUUUAUUUAGGGAUAUUUUCUUUGCUAACAUAGAAUUUUGAUAAGUAAGUACAGCUAUUGUUAUUGUUAUACAGUCUGUAAAUAAAAAGCAAUAGAUAAAUAAGCAGCUAGUUUGACCUAAAAAUAAUGAUAAAGAAAUAAUGAUAAAAGUAGACUAUUUUGAGGAAAAAAAAAACAAACAAACAGUAGAGAAGGAAAAAUACAAAGGUUCCUGUGGCACGCUAUACAUGGACUGUCAUGAUUAUGAGUGUCUGUAGCAUAGAGGGGCACCUAAGGUAACAUUUUCCAGAUCCAGCAGUGUGUGACAGUACAAAGACCAUCCACAUGGUGGCUACACUCACUUGGUUCUACACCAGAGCAACUCCCCAAGCUUUUAUUUAAUGAGUUGGCAUUAUAUUAAUUAAUUGUGCUCUGGUGGUUUGGCAGUCACCACUAGCAAUUAAAAUGUUUUCUAUCUCUGGGUAGCUUACUUGCCUAGAAAGAGCAGGGUUACGUUGGUCACAAAAAUCUGCAGGCCUAUUCCCCCAUUGUUCCUGUAAUAUGUAUAUUUCAUAAAGUGUGUACUCUGGGAAUUGAGCAUGUUAAACGUGUUAAAAAAAUCUCAGAAUUACAUUCAAGCGCAUCCUAUCUUAUUAAAAACAUGAUCCAGACGCUAUGUCCAUGUUAAAUUAAUUAAAUUCAAUUUUCAUACUAAUACUGGAAAACUCAAUUAAUGUCCACUCUGACAUUUUACUCAUUUAAUGUCCAGUCAAGAUUAAAUGGGUAAAAUAUUUAGCAUAUUGCAGACAAAAGGUUUCCAAUGGAAAUACUGUUAUUAUUAAUCUUUUCUUUUUGAACGUUUUUUAAAAUUAUUGAAGGGACAUGUUUGAUGUUACAAAUUUAAAAUGCUUUCUCAUUAUCUUUCUCUAUACCUAAAAUACAUACACUAACAAGACGUGAUUAUUAUGAAAGGACAAACAAGAGUUCGAGUAAAUCUUUUUCAAGAACACAGUAAAUCAGCAAGAGAAGUUGAGAGGAGGAGUUUGUUUUGAUCACCCCAAACUCUGUGACGUCCACAUCAACUUAACCACGCUGCUUAAAUACGGAGAGAUGAGUAAGAUGAGCGCAAACUUCUCCUUCAAAAUUUUCUUCAGCUGUCGCGUCGUAGGUAAAAGUCUACAUUCCUGUAUAGACAUCUCUAGCACUUCAAAAAAGCUCAGUGACAUAACAUUUCUCAAGUCUGGUGCGCUCAUAGAUUCUGCGGGGAUCACAACAUCAUGUCAGCACAGAGCCCAGUAUUUUAGAGUUUAGGCUACAUGAAAAUAAACUUGACAAUACACGAGUGUACAACAGCACAAAGUUGGAAAGGGUUGUUUAUAGAUGUCCACUAAACUUGAAGUAGACUUCCAGCUGGAGUUGGCCGACCUCGAUUCCCUCAAAGGCGAAUACGAUGAGGAGAUUGACGUGGAGAGCGUGGACGGACGCGGCAGUCGAAGCGAGAGGGAAGCGAAGAUGACGACGGAAGCGCAGCCUCAGCGCAGGCUAAGCCGGAGUCCAAAGUGCGCUCGCUGUCGGAAUCACGGCGUCGUGUCGUGUCUCAAAGGCCACAAGCGCUUCUGCCGCUGGCGGGACUGUCAGUGCGCGAACUGUCUCCUCGUCGUGGAGAGACAACGAGUGAUGGCUGCGCAAGUUGCCCUCCGGAGGCAGCAGGCUACCGAGGGUAAGAAAAAUCAGCGGAAUGCUUCUUACCUCAGACGUGCAGCUUACCAACGUUAUACCAGAGAGCCUAGUCUGCUGGCAAAGAGUAUACUAGAGGGCUAUAAACCGAACACGCUAGACGACUGGCCAAAGAAACUCCAUUUCCCUUCGCUUAGCGUGAGGAUGAGGAAGAGGAGAGCCUUCGCUGACAAAGAGCUGGAGAGUGUGAUGCUGGAGAGAGAGCUGAGGCAGAGAGAGAUGGAGGAACUACCCGGAGUCAUGCUCCUUCAGGCUGCUGCCUUGCCUGCUUCCUCUGCAUGGCUGUACCCGCUGUCGGACGCCAGCCUGCCCAGCUACAUGCCCGUGUACAAGUACGGCCCACUGCUGUAUGAGUGCAACCUCCACUGCCACCCCCACGAGUUCCCACUCAGGACUUCAGAACCCCGUCACACGGACUCUCUCGCAAAGAGCUGUCUUCUUCGGGCAGCAGAAGGCUGGGAGACCUGCAACGAGAGGUACUUACACUUGGAAUCUUUUCCAUUGACCUCAAUUCAAGGCUUUCAGCACUGCUGCAGCAAAAACACAGGCAUCAAGUCAGCAAAGCCCGGCUCAGAAAGUGUGCGGGCUGACUCAUCUAACAGCACGCCAAAGAGUGCUGGUGCUGACAGGCUGGACAUGGCGUCGGCGCUGGACGGCAGUCUUCCUCUGACUGAGGGAAAGGUGCUGUCACAGACAGAGAUGCCAAAUAGGUGCUGUAGGGUGCCCAGAUCUAAAGCUCUAGCACACAAGGACUGUUCCACUAGAGCGAACUGCAUUAAAGAGUCCCACGUGAGGCCCUUACCCUUCUCUGUAGAAGCUUUGCUGAUGUGAUGACAUGGUGAAUUCUCUGCAGAAUACACUUUUUUAUAAAGUCAUAGAAUUGUUUUUAUUUUCUGGUGGAAUAAAAUGUUCCUUGAUAUUUCAGAAGAAUUUAUGCUCCAGACAUUUUAUAAGCAAAUAUCUGGAUUUGUUUUGUUUAUGAUAGUAGUUUUUGAGUUAGGAUAUGUAUUGUGUACCAUUUCAAAUUAAGUAUAAUUUGUUUAGAUUUAUUUAUUAUUUAUCCUUUUCUAAAAUCAUAUGUUCAUAUAGAGGCCUCUAGUUUUACAUUUAUCCAUUUUUUUUUUCCCUGAUUAUGUAAUUUUGUACAGCACUGACUUUUUUUUUUUUUUUUUUUUUUUUUUACAUAUGGAUAAUUUCAAAUUGGUUCUAAAAUUGUUAUGGAUAUGUCCAGAUGGUAAUGGGUAUGUCCAGACACACACACACAAACAUACUAUAUCAGCAAUGGGAAUCAUCAUUUUAAGGCUGAUUAAAUAAAUCUCACA